AUGAACAACUUUGGCGUCGUCGAAAUUGCCAGUCUAAAGACGUCCUUAGCCCCGGGAUGGGCCUACGUCCCCGACACACGAGCACAUCCCACAGGCGCCUCGCAGGGAAGCCGCAAGCGGGCGAGGAACGCGCCAGCCGGGCCGAGCAUAGACGACCUCACGGCCCGACAAGAGGUCCGCAUACGAAAGGAAGUCGAGGCCCUCGAGCGGGACGGCAACAAAGAUAAUACCAUUCCGGUUGUGGGACACAAAUCGACAGCACAGGGAAAGACCAGUGCCGUCCGAAGAAUCCUGCAGUCCCAAAAGACCUUUGCCAACCAUCUAGACGGCUUCCUAGCCCAUCAGCAAGCCGAGGCAACAGCUGCCGCUGCCGCCGCAGCCAGCGCAAACAGCAGACGAGCAGGCGGUGGUCACGGCAAGAACCCUCCUCCCGCCGCCGCCCCCGUCCCGGACCGGCACGGCACGCCCACAGCAGAUGCUCCCACGGCGACGAAGGCUGAGACGAGCCACGAUUUGGGCCGUUCGCGCCCCGAGCCGAAGGGGUCGCUGCUCGCAGACACGUACAGCACCUCUCGACCCGAACCAGACCUGGCCGGGAAGGGCCUAGGCGAGGAGGACGCGGACCUUGGCGAGGGAGGCCCGCUGCUCGUAUCGCGCGUGCCCGAGGUACCGUCGGACAAGGAGUUGGGGGAAUUGCUGGCGCACCCGCCGUUGACGUACCUUGAGGCCAGGGGCUCGUGGGACGGGAACGGCAAGCCGCCGCAGAGGGUGUUCUGCGAGGUGUGCGGAUACUGGGGCCGGGUGCGGUGCAUGAAGUGCGGUACACGGGUGUGCGCGCUCGAUUGCCUCGACACGCAUCGCGAGGAGUGUGUGACGAGGUAUGGGCUUUGA